AUGUUACGGCUCUCGCUCCAAAAGAGAUGCAUGGGUAGAACUAUACCAAAAAUAUCAACAUGGCUGGGAUCAAUAUAUAGCUCACGAAAUAUAUUCGUGGUUAGAUCACAGAAAGGUAAGCCAACAUUAAAGAAAUCGAAACAUUCUAACGAUGAUAAAGGACAAAAUAAUAAGGAAAAAUUAAGUGAAUGGGUGGAUUUGGAAUUUGAACGUAAAGCGAGGCAACAAGAAUUAGAAUAUGAAAGAAGGUUGAAAGAGUUGAAAUCGUUAACGGCAAGUGUGGCUCGAAUAAUCAAGAAAAAGGAAGAUGUUGAAAAGCUUCAAGAAAUUCCCAUGCCUUCUGAGGUGAAGAGAGAUGCAGAAAAAGUGUAUGAUAUGCUUGAAGUGAGUAAAGAAAAAGUAGGUGCAUUACCUGUAAAUAAUCCUAGCCCUAGUGGCAUCCAGAAACAUUCAGAACCAUUUAAUGCCUCAAAUCAUUCGUUGAUUACGCCAGCAAUAGAUAUACCUGAAUCCAUUACAAAAAGAUUAGGAUUGGCUAUCAAGUUUUUAGUUUCUAAAACAAAUAUUAAUUGGGCUAUGGUUUUGCAACAACUCAAAGAAGGUGGAGGGUUUAAAGAUUUACCAGAAAAAGACAUCAGAAUGUUUAUUUACUCUAUACCGAAAGACCAAAUUCGUCAUUUUAUACCUACAUUAGAACAGCUUUUAGAAGACGGUGACGUGAAAAAAUCAUCUAAGAUUAUAAACGUGUUCAUUGCAGGUUUAUCUCAUGGGGGAUAUUUAUCGGAUGAAAAUAUAGCUCAAAUUGAACAAUAUUGUAAUUACUUGACGAAAACUAACAAAAAAGGAAAACUAUCGAGGGAAACGUACGAACUAAUGAUUCAAGCCUAUGGUAAAAAUAACAAUCUAGAAAAGAUUAACGUAUGUUUAAGUGAGAUGAAAAAGAAUAAAUUGGAGCCUUCGGAAAAGACAUUCUCUAGCAUCUUAUCUACCUGUGUCUAUAAGGCAAAUGAUCAUAAACAAGCUGUUGAGAUCUUCGACUCAAUGAAGUUUUUAUCUCAGAAGACUAAACCAGAUACCAGAGCGUACCAAGAUAUUAUCGUUUCGUAUGUCAACAACGACAACAUUGAAAAAGCGUUAGAUUUAUAUAGAGAGAUGAUUACUGAAAAAAUUGAUAUUAACCAAAGAAUAAUGGUUGCAUUGGCUCGUGGUUGUACAUCCAGACCAGAAUUACGUUUUAAAGCAUGGGAUUUUAUUUUCGAUAUCUAUAAUAACAACUGGGAACCGACGCUAAACACAUUCGAAUACAUGCUUUACUUAUCUGCAAAGGAUGGUGAUGUGGCGCUUUCAAGAGCGUUUUAUAGCAAGUUGAACGAAUCCAAUGCUACCACGCCAAGAUCAUUUUCCUUUUUAUUACUAGCAUAUUCCAAAAGUCAAGUGGCUAAUUCAGAUCAACAGAUUGAGUUGCCUUCAAUCACUUUUCACGAAAAAGGAAGAAAUUUUAGAAGAAACAUACUUUCAGAUGUGAACUUGUUUCCUAAGUCAACUUCUGUGCAAACCAGUAUUCCAUUUUUACCCGUUCUUGACUUAACAUCUAAGGAGGAAAUUAUGGCCGAAUCUAGUGCAAUAUGGGCGCACACAUUAAUGUUUAAUCCACAGUUUAUUAACACUGAUUGCACUAAUACAUUUUUAAAUAUUGCAGCAGAGAUGGGUAGAUUAAGUGAUUUUAUAGACAGAUUUGAUAGCUCGACUAUCCUUGAUAAGACAGGAAUAUCUAAUGAUACAAGGAUAAUUGUUGAAGAGCUUCCCGAAUCCAUAACGUCCAAUACUGAAAUUACUCAAACAGAAAAUGAACCAAUUUCCAGACAGCAAGGUCAAUUCGAUGAAACAUCUAUUACAAAGUCUCCUCUUUUAAAAGAUCUUGGAAAUAAUAUUGAUUUGAGAAAUAGAAAGGUCCCCCGUACAUCCUUAUCAUACGUUAUAGCAUUAAAAGCUGCCGCAAAAUUUAAGAAUUAUAAAUUUGCUCAACGAAUUUGGUCAGAAAGAGGGACUUUCAGAAAAACCUCAAAUUUCAAAGUUCUAUCUAGGCCAACCAAAGAUGCCCUUGAUUUUCAAUUUGCAAGCUCUAUGGUUUCAUGCUUAACCAAGAUGAAUUUGUUAGAUGAUGCUUUGGCUAUAUUGUUGAGUACAGAAUAUCAAUUCAAAUGGACUUGGAAAGAACUAAGAGAGUUAUACCGCUCUGCGUCUGAUAUCGAUCAUACUAAUGCAUGUCAAACUAUUAGAGGAAUUGCUAGGCGGGCUCAAAUCAAUUAUGAAGGUAAAAUAAGGCGUAAAGACUUUAAGAGGUAUGUUAUGGAACGUGGAUAUUAA